CGGCAAGUCGGGAAUCGCUUCCGGUGCGAGGGGUCGCGAGGGGUUCCCUGCCUGAGAGGCUGCUUUUCUCCCCAGUGAGGUCUCUUUUGGCGCCUGCGAGUGGCCGCUUGAGGAUGGAUGAGGACGGGCUGCCCCUCGUAGGCUCCGGCAUCGACCUGACCAAGGUUCCUGCCAUCCAGCAGAAGAGAACAGUGGCAUUUCUAAACCAGUUUGUGGUUCAUACAGUUCAGUUCCUUAACCGAUUUUCCACUGUUUGUGAAGAGAAAUUGUCAGCACUUUCCCUCCGUAUUCAGCAGAUUGAAACUACACUGAAUAUCUUGGAUGCAAAGUUGUCUUCUAUACCUGGGCUAGAAGAUGUCAAGUUUGAAGUAUCCAGCACCAGUGUCAACAGCGUUACAAAUGGCCCUGUCCCACAAGUCUCAAUAGAUCCACAGUCAACAAAUGUAUCUCCUCAGCUGGAGCAGAGCACUGGUCAUGAGAUGGGGCAACAGAAGACGGAAGGAGCCACAGAAAAUAUCAUCACGGUAGCAAAGGAUCCCCGCUAUGCAAGAUAUCUCAAAAUGGUUCAAGUGGGUGUUCCUGUAAUGGCAAUAAGAAACAAAAUGAUUUCUGAAGGAUUGAAUCCGGAUCUUCUUGAGACACCAGAUGCUGCAGUGCCUACCUGGGGAAGUGAGGCAAAUGCAGAAGACAGUUCUGACAGUGAAUCCUCAUUUAGUGACUGACCGCGCUGAUCCAGGUGCAUUUUUCCUUAAGAGCCCUCUUCGCAAGUGCUUGUGUACAAAA